AUAAAGUAAAGUAAUAAAUUGGGUGUAUCUGUGGUGGUGGUCGUGUAUUUUACCACUAACAUUCCUUUCUUUUGUCCAAUACCAAGGAUUUUUUUAAUAUAAUCCUUGACAAUACCCCCAAGAACUCUACCUACUAGGGAGUCGAUCAAGACAUUACUGAACCCAUGAAUCCCCGAUCCCUCUAUAUAGAUGAAAACAUUUUUAUCAGUUUCACUACUUAUCAGCUUACUAGCCGUUUAAAUAAAAUAAAUAAUGACCAAAAAACAGGUUCAACUACCUAGAUUUAUGGUUCCGUUUCCCUUAUAAGAGGUUUGGGGGUUCGAGUGAAGCCGUGAAGCCGUGAGACGUCAGACAGGUUGACAGAAAAAUAACAAAACACUGCAGUAGUAAAGACUAAAUACGUCUUUGGUGCAGCAGUAGUAAUAUACCUUCACCAUCAUUAUUCUUCCUCCCGUCACGUCACCUUUCCUCCACAUGGAGUUUGAGGACGAGUUUUACCUGGAGGAAGACAAACUGUGCAUAUAGGUAGUGGAGACCCCCCCAAUGAGUAUCAAUGUGGUCAAGAAACUUUCCUGGAAUGUAUGAGUAUUCCUUGGUGCCCUUCUACGACCCUGAACAUCUCACAACUCUACACGAAAUGGAAGCUUAUUACUCCAUGUUUGAAGAUCGCAUGGGAAUGACCGUCACCUCGGGGAGUGUCACCCUUGAGAAGAAUGACAGCAAUCUCAUCGGUAUUAGUAUUGGAGGCGGUGCCAAGUACUGCCCCUGUCUCUACGUAGUGCAGGUUUUCGACAACACUGCAGCGUCACGUGAAGGGACCCUCCAGAGUGGAGACGAGAUCAGUGGGGUCAAUGGGGUCAACGUCAAGGGCAAGUCAAAACAGGAGGUGGCCCAUCUCAUCCAAAGGUCUACGGGUUCUGUCACCAUCCAGUACAACAAACUUCAUGCUGACCCCAAACAAGGCAAGACCUUGGACAUUGCCAUGAAAAAAGUGAAGCAUCGACUGGUGGAGAAUCUGUCGUCCUCGACAGCAGAUGCCCUGGGACUCUCUCGUGCCAUUCUUUGCAAUGAUUCCUUGGUCAAGAAGUUGGAUGACUUACAGAGGACUGAAGAAAUGUAUCAAGCACUCAUGGACCACACUAAGAGGCUGCUAAAGGCAUUUUUUGACUUAGCUAUUGUCUAUAGAAAGUUUGGAGAUAUCUUUUGUGAAAUUGGAGUUCGAGAGCUUCAGCAGAGUGCUAAUGAGGCAUUCAACCAAUUUGGAGAAGCUCAUCGCCAGAUGGAGAAGUACGGUAUUCAGAUGCUCAAGAGACUCAAGCCCAUCUUGAGUGAUUUGGGGACAUACCUCCACAAAGCCAUUCCUGACACCAGACUGACCAUCAGGCGGUAUGCGGAUGCCAAGUUUGAAUACCUCAGUUACUGUCUCAAGGUGAAGGAGAUGGAUGAUGAAGAAAUGCAGUUUGCCCAGUUGCAAGAGCCUCUAUAUAGAGUGGAGACAGGCAACUAUGAGUACAGACUGGUCUUGCGUUGUAGGCAAGAAGCUCGAGGCAAGUUUGCCAAACUGAGAUCAGAUGUUUUGGUGAAACUAGAAUUGCUCGAUUCCAAACAUGUCCAGCAUCUAACGGAACAACUAACUCGACUCAUUGGAGGUCUAGCAAGCUACCACAGCCAGUGUCAGCAAUUAAUGCAUGACAAACACUGGUUUCCCAUUGAGCUAGACAUGGUGGGAACAACUCUUCAUUCAGACCACAGGAAUGAUAGCUUACAGACCGGAGAUUACGAGGAUGAUGAAGAACUGCUCGACGCAGAGGGGGCCACGGAGGCAACAGAUCUUGUCCAACCAAUGGAAAACCUCACUCUUAAUACCCACGAUACUUGUAAUAGUAAACCACAGCAGGAAGUAAGGGAAAGAAAUUUUCAAGAGGUUAAUCUUCUUGGAGACUUUUAAACCAUGUACAGUACUGUACUGUACUGUAAUUGAGUUCAAUAAUAAAUUUUUUAAGAGAAAAUAUUUUUUGGACUGAAUAUGAAUUGUUAAUUUACUUAUUCAGAAAUUUAUAUUUAUUAAUAUUUGCAUAGGAUAUUGUGUUUUUAUGAUUUUUAUGCAGAAAAUCCUAUUGGCAAAUAGAUUUUGAUUGUAGAGUGGAAACUGGCCAUGUAACGGGUGAUGAUGAUGGUAAAAGAUGUGUGAUGAACAGUAAAAUUUUAAUUGACAUUGUACAGUAGGAAAUGUAUCUUAAUGGUACAGUACUGUACAGUAAAACUUCCAUAAUGCAAAAUAAAGCAAAUUCCAAGUUACAAUCAGUUGCUGCAAACGUGGAAAAUGUCUGUAAAACAGUGAUGAUGAUGACAGUGUGUACAACAAUGCCAGCAAAGUCAACAUAUGAUUUAUUAUAGUUUAUCAUGUAACAUUAGCGUUGAUCAACAACAAUGAAGCUCAGUGAGGUAAUAGUUUACCUUCCUUGCAUUCCUUGAUUAUAGCAUGCUACUUUAUGUAGGGUAAUAGAAUGAAAGAAGUUUGUUACCUUCUUAAUAUGACAAGGUCAGCAUCUGCUAAUGCAUUCAUAUGCAAGGAUAAUUUUUCUUACAAUCAUUCAUUGUAUGGGAGAUAAUUCCAGCCUUUUAUGGUUAAAUGUGUAAACCCAAUUCCUGUGCCACUUCCUGCCUCUCGUUGGUCAUUUCUUUUCAAAUGAGAGUCUGCUACAUAAAUCUGCCUGUACAUGAGAAAUUAUUUAUGAUGCUACUCUACUCAUCAUGAAGGCAAGCCCAAUUAUACAUGGCUGCCAUUUUAAAUUUUGCCACCAAGCCUAACUCGGUAAGCCAGUCAGGAGUCCCCACCCAGCAAAAACCCACCAAGCCUAACACGACCUGCCAGUCACAAGUCCAACCCUCUCCCAAGGAGCAAUAACCCGGUUAACUAUUCAUUUUAUUUAUAUUUAAGUACUACAGUAUCUAAAUGUCUGAAGGGUUGGUAUUGAAAAUAGUAAUUCUAAAAUUUGAUUAAUAUUUGUUUAAAACAAAAUGUGCUGGAGGGAAUACUUAUGUGUACAGUAUUCCUUACUUGAUAUCCAGUGUGUCUGUACACUACAUGUUAAAGAUGCACAAAACACUCCAGCUAUCAAUAGUGUAUGGGGCUAUAUAUAAAUAUCUUAAUAUCUUGUGGGUUUGUUUGAAUAAAUAUACAGUUGUUGCUCAUUUAACACAGUACAGUAUAUGCUUUCCAGAAGGAUACUAUGUUGGUGUAAUCAUAUUAACCCUCUCAGCCUCGGAGCCUGAGACACAUACGUGCAGGAAAAUUAACGCUCAGCCUAGAAGGUUUUUGCCGAAGAAUCUUUGAUUUUUUGGGGGGGAGGGGCUCAUUUUACUGCUAUGGAAUUGUUUUAUUAAUUGUAAUGGGGUCUCUUCCAGCAUAAAAUUGUCUGAAAAAAUUUUAAUUUAAAUUCUUGAAUUUUAUGUCACUUUUUUCGAGUAUAAGUUGAAAAAGUAGGAAAAUGUUUAGUAACAUCUCGAUUUCCAUUCACAUUUUCCUUGUAUUAUGGUGUUUAUUGAUAUGUACUGUAUACCAAAAUAAAGAACAAAGCAUGUAGAAUAUUUUGGUAUAAGGAAAAAUAAUAUAACACAAAACUCAUUGAAUAAUUAAAGGGCCAGGCGGCACACCCUCCUCUCGCUCUAAUGGCCAAAGCAACACUGGCUUCAUACUGCACUGCCAUGCACACAAUGACCAAGACGGUCUUGGGGAAGGUGAUAAGGCCCACACAAAGAAAACAACGUCUGUCAAAUGGCGUCCAAAGUUCAGUCAGUUUCACUGAAUAGUUCUUGAGUUAUUUGAAAUAUAGCCCAUUGGAUGUACCAUGUUGGUGCCGCGAGGCUGAGCAUAAGUUUUUUCGCCUUUUAUGUUCAACUCCACAAUGGCAUUGUGCGAGGUUGAAAGGGUUAAGCAAAUACUGAUUUGCCAUUGUGAUACAUAUAUAGGUAGCUCUUCACAGUACGAAAUUCACAUUAGCACGAGGACCCAAUUAAGAAAACUGUUUACUUAGCAUGAAAAUGUUCCUGGUUUAAUAUUGGCUAUAACAUGUCAAAGUGUCAUCACUCCAGCCCACCCCAAUGGUUCACUGCCACGGUCUGCUUUUGACUGUCCUCUGGGUCACACAUUCAUCAUAAUGAUUGGCUAUUAUCUGUUGUUUAAUGAUUUGUUGGCAGUGCUUCAAAUAUUUAACCCAAAGGUUCAUCACCUUGGCCACGUAGGAUUGUUCGGGUGUUAUUUUGUUGCAUGUACUAAACUGGCAAAUAGUCUCAUCAGUGUCCUGGAUGUUAGUUAUGAGGGUUUAACACUACAGUACUGUAUUUUGUACUUGCACUAUUCUAACAGUACAAAACCACAAUGUUGCAGCCUUAGAAUCAAGACCUGUAUUGAUGCAGUGAAUCCCAGAGGCAUUUUUCAGACUUCAAACUACUGUAUUCAGUGCCAUUUUUUAUGGGUCCAUCCAUACAGAAGUUUGUGUUAUUAUUUGGUUCAAAAUCAAUACUUAGUUCAGUGUAUAUGUACUUUAUGUCUGUACAUGCAAAAGCUUUAGUUUUCAUUGUAUUAAACUUCAGAAAAGAGCACAGCAUACUCAGAACCUCUCAUUUAGUUUUUGCUGUACGCUGGGAGCCCACAAUAUGAGGGGCCCAUCACACCUACAUUAAACAUGCCUCUGGUGAAUCCUUCAUAUUGCUCUUUUUUUUUCUUUGUUCAACAAGAAAUCAGUUUUAAUAUUCACUAGUCCAAGAUGUUCACUGUGAACUGGCUACUGACCAAAUUGGCUGAUCUUUUGUAAUUCAUGUCAGGUCCAGUGCAGAUUUCCUCUAGAACAAAUAUUUAACGGUAAUUUUUGUGAUGAUAGAAAAACUUAACCCAUCCAUAGAUAACCUAUAAACAAAUUUCCUUGAAUUUGGUUUUGGUCAUCUAGCUCAACUUAGAGAAAAAACACUGAAUUAGAUUAAGUUAUUAAUGUGUAAUAUCACAUCAACAUGUUAUAUUAUUUGCAGAAAAUGCAUAAUUUUUUGUUCUUUAAAUGUGCAUUAAUGUGUGUAUAUUUUACAAAUAUAACUAGUCAUUUCUCCAAAUACUGUAUCCAAAGUUUCCUGAGUGCCAUGAAUUUUGUGUUUGAUUUUGUAGGUUGUCUAUCACUUCCUGUGCCAUAUUCACUGUUAACAAUUCCUAACAUGUCACAUUCUGAGUGGAAUUUCCCAAUUGUUGUUCACAGAAAAAAGUAGCUUCCUUGCAAAGAUUCCAAAAAGUUUAACAAGAAAUGUGAUGCUGCAUGGACAGGUCAGAAAGUAGUCCGUCAGUCAGUAAUUAUUGGCAUUCAGAUAAGAUAAUUCAAAACUGUUUUUCACUCUUUAAGUGUUGUAUAAGAAUGUUAAAGAAAUGUCUUUUUGUGGCUUAGGUCAUAACUUCCAUUCAUUGACCAUAAUUAAUAAUAUGUAUUAGUAGUUAUUAGAUAAAAUAAUCAGUGUUCUCAGAAUAUACAUUUACUGUACAGGCUUUAAGUAAUGAAGUUGUUUAAGUGCAGAAUUGGUAACAUGGGAUAAAACAGGAUGACCUUUUGAGUGAUGACUGGACAAGUACAGGGUAGAUCAAGAUGAUGUACAUUUACAGAGGUGUGAGUGUAUGCUACAAAGCCACUGCCCCAUCCACUGUAGUCCUGUCAAGUGGUUUAUAAUCGAAUGUAGAUUUGUACUCACAGAGAGAGAGAGAGAGAGUUCAUCCACAACACAUAUGAAGAAGUGACAAGAUUAUAACCACUCAUCUUAUCCCUCUCAGGCAGUUCACACCACCUGAUAGAACAUUGUGUCAAUCAAGUAACAUGAACACUCACUCACUGACCAGUAUUUGUUUACAGACACCAAGAUUAUUGAAGGACACACACACACACACACACACACACACACACACACACACACACACACACACACACACACACACACACACACACACACACACACACACACACACUACCAAGACUACAAUUCUGAAAACCUUAGUACAGGCAACCUUUGAGUUACACACAGUAUAGGUUCUGUUCCAGAAUGCCAUUCUUAAAUUGGUCCUUUGUAAAUUUAGGGAUGCCUAUAUUUCACAACUUGGCAUCAUAAUGCAUUUGUGAACUUCAUGUUGCAGUGUAGUACAGGCAUCCUCAACUUACCAUUGUUGCAUUCCUUAAAACCUUUCUUUAAUCGAGAAAUACUGUACCUGUACAAUUCAUAUAUUAUGUAAUAUGCUAAGAUUAACAUUUCCCAUGAAAUAUCACUUAGUCACUAUUUUAAAGUUUCUUGUGAGUCUUUUCAAACCAUUUGAUAUUUGUAGUUAUAGAAAGUUAUUUUGUAAGGUUACAGGAAUGUCAUUACAUCUUAGGGACUGGGGGUUGUAAUUAUUGCUCAGGACAUCAGAAGACAAAGUUAUUUUAAAUGCACUCUCCUGCUAAGUUGGUUCUCCUGUCAUCAGAAGGAUCUAAUGAUGAUAAUGACUAGCUGGAAUUUGGAGAGCAAUUCAUUCUUAUAGUGAAGAUAACCUCCCAAUGGCAAAGGGAAAAUGACAAGUAUUCAUACAUUUCAUUAUUUACAAACAUCUACAGUAUAUUUUAGUUUAUGCCUUGUGUGCAUGAAUUUUUUUUAAAGACUUAUUAUUUUGUAGUUGUGCCAAGAAAAUUAAAUUUAUAUUGUCAAGUGAAAAAGUUUGCAAUUUCCAAA